AUGGAAGGGGGGUUUACGUUCAUAGCGGGGGUGUUGAAGCGGAGCUAUCGCGAGCUGGGGAGGGAGUGGAGGGAGGAGGGCGGGGAGGAGGAACGGCAGGACGCGGGCAGCAAGGGUGGCAAGAGCCCGAAGAGCCCGAAAGCUCCCAAAAGCCCCAAGAGUGGCAAAAGCCCCAAGAGUCCCAAGAGCCCUAGGAGUGGCAAGAGCCCGAAGAGCCCUAGGAAUGGCAAGAGCCCGAAGGGGGGGAGUGGGUGUGAGGAUGGGGUGGGUGGUGGGGAGGCGGGUGGAGGGGACGAGGGGAAGGUUGGGGCGGCGUCUCGGCGGCGCAAGACAGUGUCAUUUGGAGAAGCGGACUGGGGGGGGGAAGAGGGCGAGAAUGAUGGGGGAACGGGGGAGGGAGGUGGAGAGGAGGGACGGGAGGAGGGGGUGGAGGAGAGUGGGGCGGUGGGGGGAGGGAGGGGUGGGAGGAGGAAGAAGCUGGAGCGAGUGAUGACUGUUGAGGCGGGGGAGGCGAGGAGGAGGGCUGAGAGGGAGGAGGAUAGUGAGGUGGAGAAGAGGGCUCACAGAGAGAGGCAGCGCCUGGUGCGGCUGAUGACGGUGGAGAGCGGUGGAGAGGGAUGGGAGGGUGGUGAUAGGGAGGAGGGGGAGGAAGAGUGGGGGGAGGAGGAGGAAGACGAGGUGGAGGAGGAGGAAGAGGAGGAGGAGGAAAAGGAGGAGGAAGAGGAGGAGAGGCGGACAGUGGGGCGGCAGGGGAAGAAACUGGUACGUGUGAUGACAGAGGAGGCAGGGCGCGCAGGGGGCAAGGCGCGAGGUGGGGGGAAGAAACUGGUGAGGCUGAUGACUGAAGAGGCAGGGAGGGCGAAGGGGAGGAGGGGAGGGGAAGCGGAGGAAAACGAAGAGGAGGACGAAGAAGGAGAGGAGGGUGAGGAGCAAGUGAGGAACGAGGCGGGUAGGAGUGGGAGAAAGAAGCUAGUGCGUUUGAUGACUGAGGAGGCAGGGCGAGCAAAGGGAAGGAGGGUGGGAGGAGGAAUUGAGGGAGGAGGAGAGGAGGAGGAGGAGGUAGGAGAGCAGGUAAGGAGCGAGGGCGGACAGAGUGGGCGGACGAACCUGGUGCGGCUGCUGACAGAGGACGCCGGGCGCGCAGGGGGGAAGGGGCGAGGUGGGGGGAAGAAACUGGUGAGGCUGAUGACUGAAGAGGCGGGGCGAGCAGAGGGGAGGGGAGGAGGGGGGUUGGAGGAAGACGACGAGGAAGAUGAGGAGGAAGGUGAGGAGGGCGAGGAGGGCGAGGAGGGCGAGGAGCAAGCAAGGAGUGAGAGGGCUGGUAGUGGGAGGAAGAAGCUUGUGCGGCUGAUGACAGAAGAGGUGGGGCAAGCAGGGGGGAAGGGGCGAGGUAGUGGGAAGAAGCUGGUCCGUCUGAUGACAGAAGAGGAGGAGGAGGAGGAGGAGGAGGAGGACGAGGAGGAGGAGGAAGAGGGGGAGGAGGAGGAGAGUGGGGAGGAGGAGGGCGAAGGCAGGCGCAUGGGGGGGGCGGGAGGGUCAUCUUUGAAGCUGCGGCGAUCCAUGACUGUCGACGACGAUGAUAACCCGUUAGGUCCUUGCCCUUAUAAUGAGUACGACAUGCGCGCUGGCACCGGGGCCAGCAAGGCAGCGAAAGCUGAUGGGGAUGGGGCAGGCGAUGGUGGGGGGCGUGGGGGGAUGGAGCGCAAGCCGUCUCUGAAGCUGGUCCGCAGCCUCACUGAGGACUCGGAGUAA